CGCCAAACACCAUCACCAAAAUCAAGGGUAGAGCUAUGAGUUCAAUGAGACGUCGCUGAAACAAUCGGGUUCACCACAUGAACAUAAUGGCUACUCAACUUCUUCCCCUAGAACUCAUCGACAAGUGCGUCGGGUCCAGCAUCUGGGUCCUCAUGAAGAGCGACAAAGAAUUCACCGGUACUCUGGUGGGAUUUGACGACUACGUCAACAUGGUGCUAGAAGACGUCACCGAAUUCGACUACUCCGGUAACCACACCAAGCUAAAGAAGAUUCUGCUGAACGGGAACAACAUUUGCAUGUUGAUUCCAGGCGGCAAGGGACCAAUAGAAACAGCCGCCUCAUGAGGGGGGAGAUCGCGGACGGUAGAUACAGCUGGGAGCGCUAUGGGAGCUGAUCUCCUGAGACAGGGACGGCCAGCUUGCUUCGGCUAGUUGAGGAAAGGAG